UGUGUGUCUGUGUGUUAAACCCAACGGGUGGUCGCCGAGCUACGCACUUCGGGGUCCCGCACAGCUUCUGCAAAGGCGUCGAACAAUUUCAGCCAGGGGGGUGCUCGCUCGCUCGCUCGCAGCUGUGAGAUCCUGAAGGGCGAACUGACGAGACGUCCACGAAUUCCGUUUGGCUUCGUUUGUCAUCUCUGAGCGCAGAGAAUGACUCUUAUUGACGAGGAGGAGACGGAGAACUCGGUGAGUGUUGCGGAGUUCCUGAAAGCUGCGGCUCGAGGGAAAGUGGAGGUGGUGGAGGAGUACCUGCAGCAGGGUGGUGACCCUGACUCUUGCGAUGCGACCCAUCGCACGGCUCUCCAUCAAUCCAGCCAGGCCGGGCACUUGGAAGUGGUACAGAAGCUCAUUGACAAAGGAGCUCAAUUGGAAAAUAAAGACAAGUUGAAGUCGACCGCGAUGCACUGCGCCUCCCGGGGAGGACACGUGGCGGUGCUCGAGACCCUCCUGGACAGCGGGGCCAGCAUCAAGGCGACAGAUUCGAUAUUGAGCAGCCCCUUGCACGUGGCCGCUCGCGUUGGGCAGUACAACGUGGCAGAGUUCCUCAUCGAGCGUGGCGCCAGCGUGAACGCCCAGGAUAAGGAAGGGGACACGCCGCUCCAUGAGGUCAUGCGCCAGGCGCUCCCCAAAUUCGCUCAGCUUCUCAUCUCGGCGGGUGCCAGCGUUGGUGCCAAAAACUACGCUGGAAAAUCUGCCGUAGAUUUGCUUCCACCAAUGAACAAUGAGACUAAAACAGCGAUGAACAAUGUUAUCAACAGCGCACAAAACUAGCCCAAAGCGGGCAGGCAAGACACGGAAAUCUGCUGUGGUUUUAGGCGAAUGCAUGGAAACUAACUGGAGAUCAGCUACGACCCAGGGAUAUUUUUUUUUUGUAAAGAUGACUUUGAAUUUUGACCUGCUAUUUAGAAUGAUGUUAUCACACAGUAAUAGUAUUUGAUGUUUUGGGCUCAGCUAGUUGAUUGUUAUGGAUGAUGGGUGCUGCGGAGAUGUGACGUUUGCUGCAGUGUGCCAUCUGUGCCGUGGAGUAUUGCCAUUCACGUACCCAUCGGCCAGUUGCGACGAUAGAUAAUGUUUUCAUAACUGUCACACUAAUUUGCCAGAUUUUUUUCUUCUCUGUUGUAAUGAUAAUAGUAACAGCAAAAAUAACCAUCGAUAGCCCUUUGUCAAUCCACUGAUGGAUCAGGGCCUCCCCAAUUCUUGUCAUUGAUGCGGGUUGUUUUUUUUUGGUAUCAUACGUCAUCGCACUGGUCAGUCGUGUGCGUUGAUGAAUGGGGAGCUCAGGACCGGUUGGGAUAACACUCGCCGCUGAUAUUAGCCGUGGCCAUGAAUCGAAGUUAGGUCGCAGUGUUCAUAGCGCAGUGCGUCAAUAUCCGCAGUGCCGUGACUUCCCCAACAAUUGUAAAUAACCGAGUUAAAAUGAGAUUUGUAUUCAAGUGACGAAACAAAACAUUAGCCAUUGCCAAUUAUUCACCGAUAAUCCCAAUUCCAUGGCUUUAUGCAUGCAAAUUAUAAUAAUUGGAUUGAGAAUGACAGCAGAGAGUGACAUUGAAAUGCAAUACGGCACAUGCUGUAACGAGAAGGUGCGGCUGUGACUGAUGCCGGCACGUGGAUUUAAACAUUCAAUACCGCGAUUCCUUUAUACACCGAGGCAUCUGAUGCGUGGGCCGCCGUCUUCCGAGUGCAAAUUUAAAUUGUGAACAUGCAAGGAAUGCCUUGUGCAGUAACACGUGUGGAAUAACACGUGUGCAAUAACACGUGUGCAAUAACACGUGUGCAAUAACACGUGUGCAAUAACACGUGUGCAAUAACACGUGUGCAAUAACACGUGUGCAAUAACACGUGUGCAAUAACACGUGUGCAAUAACACGUGUGCAAUAACACGUGUGCAAUAACACGUGUGCAAUAACACGUGUGCAAUAACACGUGUGCAAUAACACGUGUGCAAUAACACGUGUGCAAUAACACGUGUGCAAUAACACGUGUGCGUGAGGUGUGCGGUGCUGUGGGGCGUAUUGGUCAUCCGCUGAAUAAGCACAGCUUUCGUCGUGGGCAUCAUUUGAGCAGGAGGUGCUCUGCCAAAAUAAAAUUCUUUAUUUUUAAGCCAAUGAAAGACGCUGUCGUUGAAAGCGCGUAAAUAACGUCCCUGUGACCGAAUGCUGCUUUGCCUAAAUCUAUAAAUGUUGUACUUGGUAGACACCCCACGUGACAGCUAUGGGUUUAACACAUAUACUGCAGACUACUGUCAUGUCACUACUCCAAAUAGCAUAUCAAUGGUAACUCAAAAAUAUAACUGUUGGGAUAAUUAUGGCACUCACACUAUAUACCGGAUCCUUUUAACCCUAGUCGCAGUGACUCGGGUAUCUCUUAUUUACAGAACCUAAUGCCUAAAUCCUACAGCAGAUUACUUUUAACGAUUCACUCCCCUCGCGCUUUGAUGAAUUCUCAUGGUUCGUCACCACAAGUCGGUUGAAGAAUCCAGUUGUUUUGUUUGUUUCGUUUCUGUCGUCCCAUUUGUACUGUUUCUCUAAUUACUUUCGUCUUGCUUGAAGUUUUGCUUGCUCCGCUGGCCUAGGCAUGUAACAUUAGACUGUGAUUUGCCUGCAACAUUUACACGAAUCUAAAAAAUAAAACAUUGGUUCUUUACACACGCAA